AUGCCCUACAAAUGCUUGGAGUGUGGGAAGAGCUUCAGCCAGAGCAACAGCCUGAUCUGCCACCAUUGCAUCCGCACUGGAGAGAGGCCCUGUGAGCGUGGGGAGUGUGUGAAGGGCUGCAGAGACAGCUCUGACCUGACUGUCCUCCAGAUAAUCCCCAACAGGGAGAGGCCCUACGAGUGUCCUGACUGUGGGAAGAGGUUUCAGAGCAGGUCCAGUCUCCUCCUGCACAAGUGGAUUCACACAGAGGAGAGGCCCUUCUGCUGCCCCAGCUGUGGGAAGGUUUUCAAGCAAAACUCCAAACUUGUCACCCACAGCGCAUCCAAACCUGAGCGUAACUCUCCCCAGCCCACGGACCCCUGA